AUGGACGGCUCGAAGGAACCAGCGCCUACUCAGGCCACUCUGGACAACCCCAAGAAGCGAGCUGCCAGCAGAUCUCCCUCUAUCUCUCCAUCACAGGCCCAGCAGAUCAAGAAAAUCCGCUAUGAGGACGAUAAUCAGAAUAUGAAUGACCAUGUCAUGUAUCAGCCAGCUCCUAUUCGAAGUAUGCUUCCAUCCGCUGCUCUCCUGGGCUAUAUAAAUGAGACUCAGGCCCGCUCUUCGUUCUUGGAACAAAUCGAUAACUGGCUUGAGGACAUUUACCCUUCAGAUCUACGGGAGAAAGCACGCUCAGACUGCUUCAUUUUGCACCAAGACGCCAAAUCCAUACUUCUAGAAAGAUCUCAUUCUGCUCCACCCAUGAUGCCAGGUAGAAAAAACCUCACCGGUCAAGCUACCGCCUUUGGACUGGCGUUUUCUCCCAAAUCCUCCCUCAAACCCUCAUCCCCUGGAUUCACUACCAACGAAGGGGGCCCCUCUAUUGAUCCGACACCGACUAAUUAUCCAACUGUCACUGGCACACCUAAUCGAUCUAGUGGGCCUCUCGUUGAGAGUGCCCUCUACAGGGACUUUAAUCUUGCUCUGAACAAUAUCCUUUUACUUGACUCUCGAACUGAACUCCCGCCUCAUAUCUUAACCCUUGUCGACUCACUCAAGAAAGGUCGAUCUUCGCCGGAGCCUAUUCCCAAAGAUAACAAUGAUCUCUACGCCAUGGAAGCAGGUGCCAGCGAAGCAAAAGUUGAAGAAUUUGUUCGAAAUAAUAUCAUUCCCCCUGAUUCUAGCACAGAUACUAUCCAGCGCAGCGAUCGUGUCUUCGUAAGCAGGGCCGUACUCCCCGUCACUCAGCCCUAUUCAAGACUCAGCGUUCCUGUCCCCGACCUCCUAUACGGCUACCGCUUCUCUGCCUUCGAACAAGACCAACGAACACAGAUCGCAACAUGCGGUAAUUUUGCUAUAGCAAACAGCGAAGGCCUCUCCUUUCCCUUCUUCGCAGUCGAGUUCAAAGGUGACGGACCAUCCAGCAAAGCGUCCACAGCCUGUAUACAGAUCAGCGAGAAUCUGAAAAACAGACUUGAGAAGUGCACAGACAUUGAACCCAACAAGCCACUUGAUAGCACGAGCUUCAGCAUCGCCAUGAAUGGAACUGAGGCUCGGUUACAUGCCUCUUGGAAGGAUGAAGUCUUCAUAUAUACGCAAAAGAUUAAGACGUUUCUUUUGCAGCGGCCUGAAGAGUUUCUCGAGUUCCGGAGGUUCGUCCGGAAUAUUAUUGAUUGGGGACGCGAUGAGCGCUUGGAAUGCAUAAAAUCUGGACUUGAUGUUUUGAUCGAGGAGAGGGAGAUAGUGCCCCUGAAGAACAAGCUUUCUCGUCCGAGGUCAAAGUCUGGGGGUAGCACAAUCCGGUUGCAACCAUAUUAG